CCGGGGCGGGGGUGACACCUCUUCCCUCCUCCUCGCGUUAGUUCCGGUCGCAGAGGAGACACCGCCACAGUUGCCGCCACAUCGGGGAUUUCUGGCUCUUUUCUCUUCGCCUUAAAUUCGGGUGUCUUUUAUGAAUAAUCAAAAGCAGCAAAAGCCAACGCUAUCAGGCCAGCGUUUUAAAACUAGAAAAAGAGAUGAAAAAGAGAGGUUUGACCCUACUCAGUUUCAAGACUGUAUUAUUCAAGGCUUAACUGAAACUGGUACUGAUUUGGAAGCAGUAGCAAAGUUUCUUGAUGCUUCUGGAGCAAAACUUGAUUACCGCCGAUAUGCAGAAACACUCUUUGACAUUCUGGUGGCCGGCGGAAUGCUGGCCCCAGGUGGUACACUGGCAGAUGACAUGAUGCGUACAGAUGUCUGUGUGUUCGCAGCACAAGAAGACCUAGAGACCAUGCAAGCAUUUGCUCAGGUUUUUAACAAGUUAAUCAGGCGCUACAAAUACCUGGAGAAAGGUUUUGAAGAUGAAGUAAAAAAGCUGCUGCUGUUCUUAAAGGGUUUUUCAGAGUCGGAGAGGAACAAGCUGGCUAUGUUGACUGGUGUUCUUCUGGCUAAUGGAACACUUAAUGCAUCCAUUCUUAAUAGCCUUUAUAAUGAGAAUUUGGUUAAAGAAGGGGUUUCAGCAGCUUUUGCUGUAAAGCUCUUUAAAUCAUGGAUAAAUGAAAAAGAUAUCAAUGCAGUAGCUGCAAGUCUUCGGAAAGUCAGCAUGGAUAACAGACUGAUGGAACUUUUUCCUGCCAAUAAACAAAGCGUUGAACACUUCACUAAGUAUUUUACUGAGGCAGGCUUGAAAGAACUUUCAGAAUAUGUUCGAAAUCAGCAAACCAUAGGAGCUCGAAAGGAACUCCAGAAAGAACUUCAAGAACAGAUGUCCCGUGGUGAUCCAUUUAAGGAUAUAAUUUUGUAUGUCAAGGAGGAGAUGAAAAAAAACAACAUCCCAGAACCCGUUGUCAUUGGAAUAGUCUGGUCCAGCGUAAUGAGCACCGUGGAAUGGAACAAAAAGGAAGAGCUUGUAGCAGAGCAAGCCAUCAAGCACUUGAAGCAAUACAGCCCUCUACUUGCUGCCUUUACUACUCAAGGUCAGUCUGAGCUGACUCUGUUACUGAAGAUUCAGGAGUAUUGCUAUGACAACAUUCAUUUCAUGAAAGCCUUCCAGAAAAUCGUGGUGCUUUUUUAUAAAGCUGAAGUCCUGAGUGAAGAGCCCAUUCUGAAGUGGUAUAAAGAUGCACAUGUUGCAAAGGGGAAAAGUGUCUUCCUUGAGCAAAUGAAAAAGUUUGUAGAGUGGCUCAAAAAUGCUGAAGAAGAAUCUGAGUCUGAAGCUGAAGAAGGUGACUGAAUUUUGAAACUACACCCUCAGUAAAGCAAACAGGAGUUGUAGAUAAAAUGUCAUGUCUCAUGUGUCCUGGUUCUUACAUCUUCCUACCUCCCUAUAUCAAGCAUGAUAUAAGGGCUCUCAUGGCAAAUUUUAUUUUAACUGUUUCUAUGGUUACUGGAAAUGUUGGGUUUAGUUUCUAAAACCAUGUUUUAAGUAGCUACAGGAGCUAUAGAUUUGAAUCUAAUGUUGCAUUAGUCUUUUCAGUUAUCUUCUACCUCCUGUAUUUUCUACUGUAAUAAUGUAAUUUAAGGCCUUCCACAAUGAACAGUUCACUUUAUUCCCUGGGUUUUCUAUAUAAACAGUUUUCAAGAUAUGAUUUGGUUAAAAAUAAUUUGUUAUAAAAAUUCUGUUUGCAAAUUAAACUGUAAAAGUAUCCAAAGUCUCAAAAGGCAAUGAUUUGUGUGAUAAUUUGGUAUGCCCUGCUCAUCAAUGAGAAUCUCAUAUACAGUAAUUAAUUCAUUAACAUGAAUCUUGAGUAUUUGGACCAUUGCUUGCAUGUUGAUAUUUUCUUGCAUUUUUAACCCCUGAUGUCCUUGAGCUUGGUUGUUUGUUCUCUGGUUUUCAUUCGUUAGUAAAGCCAUUGAGAACAAGCUUAAGAGUGAGUUCUUUGGGAAAUUGUAUGUGGCAGAGGUUGUGGGAAGAAGAAAGUUGAGCUUUUUCCCAUUGAGAAACUUCUGCAUUCAGUUUGUAUCUUUCCAGGCAAAACAGGUGGAUAUUCUUUUCAUUACAACCAUUUUCAAAUGUACCUUAGAAAAAUCUUGUCAUUUAAAGUAUUUUACACUUGUCAUGCACUUCGAUUGAAAGGAAAGGAUUCAAAAGAGUGUGAGUUAGGGGUGCCUAGCUGGCUCAGUUGGUAGAGCAUUUGACUCUUGAUUUCGGGGUCAUGAGUUCAAGCCCCACAUUGGGUGUAGAGAUUACUUUUUAAAAAAAUAAAUAAAAAUAGUGCGAGUAAAGGAAAUGACUAUACUAACCCCAGUAAGUUGUUAAAUAUUAAGUGGUCAGCAUGUUCUAAUUGAGACUCUAAAUGUAACUCAUUUCCUCUUGGCUUAGAGUAUUUGUUGUAAAGAAUGAAGUGCAAUGGUAAUAUAUUUCCACUUGAUCAUACUGGAUCAGCUUCAUUCCCUUAACAUACUCACAGCUCAAGCACCUGGCUAUUAACAUACCUGAGUUGCCAUCUUUUUAAAUUGCCAUGAGCCAAAUAUCUCUUCUAUACAAUUGAUCCAUUUAUUUUAAUGGCUGCCUUUUAAUUUCCAUUUUCCUUUUCUUGCUGCUACCCAUAUAUAUAUUUUAUAUAUAUAUACAUAUAUAUAUAUAUAUGUAGUCAUUAGAAAACAAAAUAUGACCACUUUGGUGGAGAGACAUCAUGUUAAAAGUGAACAUUUUGAAAGGUGUUUUUUUUUCUUGAUGAAAGAAACUAGCUUGGAAUAAUGCCACCAGAGACUGAAUGGAAAUUGCCCCUUGCAAAGGUGCCAUUCUUACGAGCCAAGAAUUUGGUGUUUGAAAGUUCAUCUUGAGGGAAUAACAUGUAAUAUAUAACCUUAUGAAGAACAUUAUAACUGAUACCAUUGUGAAUGGGGUGAAAUUGUUAAAUGAAUAAUUUUGAUAAAGUUUUCAUGCACAGGCAAAAUGUAUUCACUAGGUUUCUACAUAGUGAUCUGCUUUUACUUUGUAAUUUGUAGUCCUCAAAAGACUUUUUUUAAAAAAUAAAGUCCAUCCUUACACUUA